GGAGGGUUUGAUGGCACAGCGGAGAAGGAAAGAAAGCACCAGGGACUGGCAGCAGGGUUUGUGAACAGCGGGGUUUGUUGAGACUGAAAGAAUAGAUGUGGCUUCCUUCGGUUCGGGAUAAGUCUCCAGACAGAUUUCACAUCAGCAGCACUCACAGACGAGCGGCGGAUGGAUGCACGUGAAAGCCGCGGUUUCCCCCGACAUUUGAACUUGGUUCUUUUCAAAGGCAGCUCCGGCGCGGCGGGCGGAACUGGGCUGUAAAACCCACGGUCCUGCCGGGGGGAGUCGGGGUCGCUAAUCCCCCGCCUGGGCUCAGGGGGAGUUUUGUCUUUAGCUAGCUAGCAUCAACUACUGCCAGGGCUGCGGUGCGUUCACGGGCACCGUGCAAGCGCGCCAACCACCAAGAUGUACCCAAGGGCAUAGCAACGACAACAACAGCAACAACAAAAACAACAACAACAACAACAACAAGUCAUGUCGGACUGACAACGGCACCGUGGCUCCACCGGCCGCGAAGUCACAGCAGCGACCACAGCGGCUCAUUGCCAGGCGGGGAGAGAGAGAGAGAGAGAGAGAGAGAGGGAGAGAGGGGGGGAGAUCAGACAGCUAACCCCGCUCACAUCGCCCUCCGGAGACCACCGAGAGCAGCAGCAGCAGCUUCCAGCCCCUCCAGCCACUCCGCAUCCAGCCAACAUGGGAGAGCAGCCCAUCUUCAGCACACGGGCCCACGUCUUCCAGAUUGACCCGAACACCAAGAAGAACUGGGUUCCCACAAGUAAACACGCUGUCACGGUCUCCUACUUCUUCGACAGUACCAGGAAUGUAUAUCGAAUCAUCAGCCUGGAUGGAUCUAAGGCCAUCAUCAACAGCACCAUCACCCCCAACAUGACAUUCACUAAGACGUCACAAAAGUUCGGCCAGUGGGCCGACAGCCGGGCGAACACAGUCUAUGGCCUCGGCUUCUCGUCUGAGAGUCUCCUGGUCAAGUUUGCAGAAAAGUUUGCCGAGUUCAAGGAGGCAGCGCGGAUAGCGAAGGAGAAGUCUCAGGAGAAGAUGGAGCUCACCAGCACUCCCUCUCAGAGCGGCGCUGCCAAAAGGAAUGUGUUGUCACUCAGCAAACCUGGUAAAAAGAAGGAGUCGGCCCCGGGUGACCUGCUUUCACCUUUGACCCCUGAGAGCAUCAACGGUACGGACGAAGACAGAGUCACCCCAGAACCACCGCAACCCGCUGAAGCCAGAGCAGAGCCUUCCCAGAAUGCACUGCUCUUCCCACACAGUUCCAGUUCGACCAGCAUCAAUAAGCACUGGGAGGCGGAGCUCGAGGCACUCAAGGGGAACAACGCCAAACUGACAGCCGCUCUGCUCGAGUCCACAGCCAACGUCAAACAGUGGAAGCAGCAGCUGGCAGCCUAUCAGGAUGAGGCGGAGAGGCUACACAAACGGGUGACGGAGCUGGAGUGUGUGAGCGGUCAAACAACGGUCAUCAAAUCUCAGAAGACAGAGCUUAACCAAACAAUCGAGGAGCUGGAGUUGGCUUUGAAGGCCAAAGAGGAGGAGUUGGAGAAGCUUAAAGAAGAGGUGCAGAGUGCCCACGAGUUUCAGUCCCACAAAGACACUCUCACUCAGACACUACAGGACACGGAGACGAGGAACCAGACGCUGGAGGCCCAGCUGAGCGACCUGGAGCAGCGUCUGGAGGGCAGCCAGCUGGAGAGAGAAGCCUUUCGCAAGAGCCUGCGCUCCCUGCUGGAGCUGCUGGACACCAAGAUCUUCGAGCUGACCGAGCUGCGGGACACGCUGGCCAAGCUCAUCGAGGGGAGCUAGACACACACAGACGCAGACGCACACACACAUGCACGCACGCCUCCACUUCCACCAACGCCAGCGCGGCAGCCAGUGUGGCCCAGAGAGUCGCUCUAAUGACAGAAUUCACCUGCAUGUCGGCACUCACAUAAUCACAGACAUGUACAACAACUUGAAUUCUCUUCUCUUUUAGUUCCACAUGUAUACGAUACGUGUAAAAGAGUAUGUUUACACACUUUAUGCAUUAACGGUACACACAUUUUGCUACGUCCGCAUCGUUUACAAAGUGCAGAGGGCUUCGCUCGGGACAUGCCUUCCCUCCGCUCGCUCCACUCUGGAUUAUUCUCGACUUUGUGACCACACAGAAACUCUGAAUGAAUCCAUUUUUUUUGAAUUUUUUCCGAAUAUCCUUCCGUUCGAGCAGACGUUACAUUUUCUUCUUGCUUUCUGCUCCUUCGUUCAUUUCGACUUUUUUUUCGGCUUCGCUUUGGUGCAGUUUUGUAAACACCCGGAGCCUCCGAUUGUUCCCUGUCUUCUCUUUUUUUUCUCUCUCUUCCUCACCUUUCUCAGCCACCGGGGGUCAUUGUCAGCCAAAUGAACACUGUAAGAGUCGACUCGGGCUUUUCUUACACCCUGAGAUUGAUCUUUUUUUUUCAUUAUUGAAACUCUGGAGGGUCGAAUGUGAUGAAGAGUUAAGUACUGAUGUUCCUCCUCUGACUGAAAUCCACUGUUGGACCGCCAAAAAAAACAAAAAAGGCCAUGGAGGACCUGCAGUAUGUCUUAUAUUCUUAUACAAUAUAUGAGCAAUACAAAAAGGGAGCGUCCGAGGGUAAAUAAACACUUCCCACUCUCACUUUCAGGUAAUUUUACCCCUGUCUUGAUUAGACCACAAGCGAGGUGGGAUUUUAUUCAAUAGUUUUUCUUUCUAUCUAAUUUUUUUUUUAAAGAAUAUUAUUGUAACAAAUUCAUAGUGCACUUGUAAAAAUGGGGUUUGUGUGUGUGGGUGAAUCAGAUGAUCUUGUUUUCUUUCCCUUAUUGUUUCUGUUGCUACUUGAAGUGCAAUGAUUUAAUCCUUUUUCUUCUUUUGUUAAUUUAUUACUCAAAGAGCUGAGUUUGUUCUAAUGAUGAGCUGUAAAGCAAAGAUCUUUAUUUACAUCUCCUUUUCACUUCAUCUUUUCUAUAGUCUGGUACGUGGGUGUUGAGGUACUUUAGUUUUUUGGAAAAACUGGCAAUAUUUUUGAACUAUUUAUCAGAGCAAAUGAAAAAAAAAAAAGCCAGGCGACGGAAGUUCAAAUUUGCAAAGAAUCUGGUUUGCUUCUUUGGCCAAAUAACGUUUUCCUGUACAGAAUUUUUGCUGACGUUGCCUUUGGUACAGCGAUGCAUCAACGGUAGCUAACUAGCGGUACUUUCUUUCUUUCGUGGGAUUUCCUAUUGCCAAAAAUUCAGCGACACUGAGAGGAAGAGGGUACGUGCACCUGAAGAACACUACUUAAGGGCUUGUUGUCGGUUCUGUUACAUUUGGGAGACUUGAACGAUUUUAGCAGUGACUUUAUCACGUUGACUCUUGCAGCUUGAAAUGGAGAGAAAAAAAAAACCAUUUGAAUAAUACUUUUAAAUGUUGAUUAUACCACAUGAUUAAAAACACAAAUUGUAAUUUUGAGUUUAUAGUAAAACAAAAAUGAAAAUUGAGCUGUUGUCGUUCUUUCGCAAUCUGAAGGGUCUUUUCAUAGAAGGUUACCACGGAAACCGACCCCACCAGUCUCACAUGGUCCAGGUCAGGUUCGUUUUCAGGAUCAGUUUCUGACUCGACGCUUCAAAAUACAUAAGUUGCUUCAAAAUGGUUUCAAGGCUGUGAAGUGCAGUGCCCCAAUUUCUCUGGCUUUUACUCCACAAGGUUUGUUCACAUGAGUCGGACUCUCCAAACUCAUACGUGUCUGAAUUUCUCAUUUCAUUUUUCAAGGUUUGUGUUUGUGAAAUUCGAUCAACACUAACAAGUCCUACAGUCAGAAAGCAGUAAACCAAAACUUCAGCAGAGUCAGCAGUUUGAACACGUUGAGUGUACGGUGACAGACAUCAGCAGGUGGUGUUACAUCAGAGGAUGAGUCAGUCCCACUGACUCUCUGACGCAGCGAGAGAAGUGACAGAAACAACAACAGUUAAAAGGUUAAAGCUGCUGUGAGAAAAUCUGCCAAUAAAAAUACUCAAACCUAAAAUAAACAUAGCUCAUUGGAUAGAUAACAGAUCAUAGAUUCUGCAUUAGGCUUGUUAUUGAUUUUUUCCAUUUAAAACAUUUCAGAGUCAUUAAAACUCUGAAUUCCUCCAGAUUAUGCCACUGUGAUGAUGUCACUGCAUCUGAUCAUGACCUCAGCAGCUUCGGACCGUUCAUGACUUUGGUCCUUUCGUACACAAGAGAGAAUUCUAGAUCAAAUUGUUGGAAGUCAUGAAUCUUCUUAAAUGUGCCACUUGAGAAGGAAUCUGUUCGUUUGACUGUGACAUGAAGCUCAGAGUCGCAGCCGUCGUUCUUCCAGCUUAAACGUUUUUGGCAGAUAAAUACAAAUGAUCAGCACAAACUGUGGAAUCAGAAAAGAGGAGCAUCACUAUCAUGGAAGCCCUGUUAUUAAGGUUAAAAGUAAUCACUUAAUAUAAAAUAUGAAGGAACUUAAUGCCUGCCCAAGUCUACAUUUAAGUGUUUAUAUGCUGGUUACACACAGACCAAUCCAGUCUGACUUCAUGAAGAACAUUCAAACAUACUUUGGUGUUUAUUUUAUUUUUAUUUUUAAAAGGACAAAAAAUAUAUAUAUAAUAACUAGGAUAUAGAAAGCAGAGAGGAAUGUCAUGAUAGGAAACAAAAAAGCGACAAAAAGAAAAGCUUAUAAAGUACAUUUACAUUUGUACGCUUUAAAAAUUCUUUAAAAUAUGAAGCUUCAAUAAAUACUUCAAUACAUUUAGGCAUGCGGAUAUAGUUUUUUUUGACAUGAUUUACAUUUUCAUUACAGUAAAAUCCAUAGAAUGACUUUUAUCUUCAUUAUUGCACUUAUGUUGUGAUGGGUUUCGUCCUCAAACCGGCCACAUGCAUAAGGUCAUAAAGGUCCAAAUAAAAGAGGGAGGGAAAACUACGAGUCACAACGUGGAUUCUACAAAAAGCGGAAAAAAUAAAAAGCAAACAGAGCAGUGUGAGGAGGUGAAGGUCAAACAUGUAAUCUACUGUUUAGUAUCAGUAAAGGUGUGUGUGUGUGUGUGUGUGUGUGUGGGUAGAAGAGAAACUACACUCACACUCUGAGUAGGAAUGAUGUUUUACACUUGGCAACAGUGACUCUGUGUGUUUCACAAAGUUCAGCAUGAUGAGAAACGCACUCGUUCUGCUUUCAUGUCGAGUUAGAUGAGAGGAUCGAUAACCACUUCAGUCAGCAGGCAGUUAGCUUAGCUUAGCAUAAAGACUUGAAACAGAUAGAAACUAUUAGCCGGGCUGUAUUCUAAAGCAGCAAAAACUGAAUUGACAACACUAAAGUCAUUAAUUUACAAGAGAGAAA